AUGGAGGGCUAUGGAGCAGCGCAGAGUAGGCAUGAAGCAGGCAUGGAGCAGUGUGGAGUAGGCAUGGAGCAGGAGCUCUCCAGUCUCAUGGGGUUGAGAACAGAGGCAGCCAAGAACUUUCCACCAAUGGCCACGUCCACGUGGGAUGGGAUUGUCAAUGGGGACAAGACAGCUUUGGCCUCAGGCUCGCCCGACGACACCGCCUGCUUCCAGCCUGGGGCGAAGUCUGCGGGGGGCGCGGGGGGCGAGGGUGUGGCCCUGCAGCGCAACAUCACGCUGCUCAACGGCGUGGCCAUCAUCGUGGGCACCAUCAUCGGCUCGGGCAUCUUCGUGACACCCACUGGUGUGCUCAAGGAGGCGGGCUCGCCCGGGCUGGCGCUGGUGAUCUGGGCCGUUUGCGGCGUCUUCUCUAUCGUGGGCGCGCUCUGUUACGCCGAACUCGGCACCACCAUCUCCAAGUCGGGCGGGGACUAUGCCUAUAUGCUCGAGGUCUACGGCUCGCUGCCCGCCUUCCUCAAGCUCUGGAUCGAGCUGCUCAUCAUCCGACCCUCCUCGCAGUACAUCGUGCUCGUGGCCUGCCUCUGCGUCUUGCUGCUCACGGCCGUGAACUGUUACAGCGUGAAGGCUGCCACCCGGGUCCAGGACGCCUUCGCUGCCGCCAAACUCCUGGCACUGGCCUUGAUCAUCCUGCUGGGCUUCAUCCAGAUCGGAAAGGGUAAUGUGUCCAAUCUGGAUCCCAAGUUCUCAUUUGAAGGCACCAAACUGAACGUGGGGAACAUCGUGUUGGCGUUGUACAGCGGCCUCUUUGCCUAUGGGGGAUGGAAUUACUUGAAUCUUGUCACAGAGGAGAUGAUCAACCCCUACAGAAACCUGCCCCUGGCCAUCAUCAUCUCCCUCCCCAUCGUCACCCUGGUGUACGUGCUGACGAACCUGGCCUACUUCACCACGCUGUCCACUGAGCAGAUGCUGUCGUCAGAGGCUGUGGCCGUGGACUUCGGGAACUACCACCUGGGCGUCAUGUCCUGGAUCAUCCCUGUCUUUGUGGGCCUGUCCUGCUUCGGCUCCGUCAACGGGUCCCUCUUCACGUCCUCCAGGCUGUUCUUUGUGGGGUCCAGGGAGGGCCACCUGCCCUCUGUCCUCUCCAUGAUUCACCCGCAGCUCCUGACGCCCAUGCCCUCCCUCCUGUUCACGUGCCUCAUGACCCUGCUAUACGCCUUCUCCAACGACAUCUUCUCCGUCAUCAACUUCUUCAGCUUCUUCAACUGGCUGUGUGUGGCCCUGGCCAUCAUCGGGAUGCUGUGGCUCCGAUACAAGAAGCCUGAGCUGGAGCGGCCCAUCAAGGUGAACCUGGCACUCCCCGUGUUCUUCAUCCUGGCCUGCCUGUUCCUGAUCGCCGUCUCCUUCUGGAAGACCCCCGUUGAGUGUGGCAUCGGCUUUGCCAUCAUCCUCAGCGGCCUCCCGGUCUACUUCCUCGGGGUCCGGUGGCAAAACAAGCCCAAGUGGCUUCUCCAGGGCAUUUUCUCCACGACAGUUCUUUGCCAGAAGCUCAUGCAAGUGGUCCCCCAGGAGACAUAAGAGAGGAGCCGGGAAGCUGGUGGAUGGAAAAUACACAAAGAUCAUUUUAAAACAACUCACCCACCUAAAAGGCAACCCGUUCCAUCAUCCAGGCAGCUCAGCUGAGCGCCCCGCACUAUCCCUCCACCAGCUCAGGUGCCAGGGCCACUGUGAAAACUGGUACGAAUUUAGUCCCAGAAGACGGACUUCUAUCGAUACCUCCUCCAGAGUGCGAGGCACGAAUGUUGAACUGAGAAGGGGCUGCGCCUUCUGACAGACCGCGGACUUUUUCCAUGUUGGGCCCUUGUCCUUUCCCACCUUUGUUUAUUUGUGGGGUUUUUUCCUCCUUUUUUUGUAUUAUUUUUUAACUUAAAUUUUGGGGUCGACUUGACACCACCAAGAUGAUUAUUUUUUAAAGGAACGGGGGGAGGGCAGGUAGGGAGACUCUUGUCCCUUAACACUGCCAGCAGCAUGAUGUGCCUCAGGGACCAGGUCCUGUCGUUGGUGUGACCCCAGCACCAGCUUCAGGCGGAGGAGGGAUUCUGAGAGCCGAACACCCCAGCUGCCAAUAAGCUACCGAGACUCUGCCUCAGAUUUGCACUGACAGAUGUGUGCUUGGCUUCCUUAGGUGUUUUUUUGUUUUGUUUUGUUUUGUUUUUUUUGGUUAGUAGAUGUAGUGACAUUGGGAAAACUAACCUGGGGCUUAUGUCUCUGCCUUAAAGACCUGAGGUCGAUCCCUCCCUCCCUGACCCCUAAAAAGAAGAGAAAGUCUUGCUGAAACGGCCGUCUUUGGAGAGGUUUGUUGGAGAGCAAAGGGCUUGAGAGGAGUCUGAUACCAGCCCCAGCUCUACAGAAAGAGCCAGUUCCUGUGCCUGGUGUUUGGGUGGAGCUCCUGGUAGAGGUCAUGGGCAUCUGGACGAUCCUAGAGGUCCUGCCAGGACGAGCAGAGCAGGGCCGGUUCCUGGGCUAGGCCCUUGUCAUUCAAGUUGCCAUGGGCUCCUGACUGUGCUUCCUGCCCUGCAUGGCAGCCUGAGCAAAGGCACAAAGGCAGGAGGAUUGGGCAUCUCCGGUGGGAGGGCCUCCCGCGGAUGCUGCCUCCCGCCCUGUGCUGCAUCAUUUGGGAGCCAGCUCUAGUUCUCAGACAAAGCCCCAGGCGUGAGGCCUGGAAAGAGAUGUGACAGGAAGGCAGAUGCCAAGACCCCUGAUGGGCUUCUCAUUUCAGGUCCCCAAGGCAGCCCCUCCCAGGGUCCGCAGAAUUGGCCUCCAUGACUGGAUGGCAACCCCCAGGGGCUGUCUGGGGCUGGCUUUCAGCUCCUGGCCAGGGUGCCCUCCCCUCCUGCCACCAACAUGGCCUGCUCCAGACUGGAUCCCAGUCAGCAGAGGACAGCUGCGCCUUCCUCAGUGCCCCAACUCUGCACCUGCUCCUGAGGCCGCCCGACUCUAGGGGUCUGGCUCGCAGCACAGCACGCCUGCCCUCCUCUCCAGAGAGGCUACUAGCAGGCCUUGUCCUUGUGGCUCCUGUGGUGGCUCCCCGCCCCCCAGGAGGCAGCUGAGGCUGGCUUAUCUGAGCUGUCACUCUGUCCAGGAAGCCAUCCUGGGAAGCACCAUCAGCUAAGGUCAGGUCCUCUAGGCCCCAUCGUAAGUGCUAGGGCUCUGCCUUGGCCUCUGACCACUCACCUCCCAGGGGGAGGUUGAACUGAGCCCUCAGGCCUCAGGCCUCAUUGCUCAGCUUCGAAUGGCCCAUCCAGCCUGCUGCCACCCACCUGGGCUCCAGGGGGCCCUUGGGAUGCUGUGAGGGUAGAUAUGGCCUUGCAGGUUAUGGGAAACCAAACGGUCCUUGGGUGGCCUCCCUACCGUGAUCUGCUUCAGCAGCCUGCAAACGGGUGGGAACCCCCAGUGUGUCAUGGACAAUUGAGGCAAGUCACCCCUGCAGGGGUAGACUGGGGCCCCAGGGUUCCCUUCCCACGUGGAGGUGAGGGCUAGAGGAGCCACUGAGAGGUCAAAGGCAGUUCUAGAGUGUGGCUCUCCCCAGCGUCUGGGCUGGGACCUCUGCUGAGGGUGGCUUGGGGGCCCCUUCUGUGAUUCCUGGGCCUGUCGCCCAGGGACCCACCUGGGGAGGCAGGGAGGUCAGGGCUGCAUCCUGAGGUGCUUGCCUGCGGAUACCCCGGGCCCUGCCGCGCUGGCCUCUGGGAAGGCAGAGUCUCCCUCUUUCUGACCACUCUACUGACAAGUGUCCCGAGCGUUCACAUGUGGGAGGGUUAAUUUUUUUAUCCAAACCCCGGCGUAACCAGCUAGCGUUUGUUCAGGUGUCCUGCUGUUCGAGUUUGUCCUAAGGCCUCAGUAACGUAAGGAUGCUGUUGGCGCCAUGUUUAUUUAUUUGCAGGUCCAGUUCAGCCUGGCUUCUCCGGCAUGUUGUUGCUGUCUUUGUGUCCCUGUCGGUGUCCCUGCCACGGCAGUGCUGUCACUGUGACAUUGUCAUUGGCCCGGCGACAAACCUCCACCUUGUAAUGACGUGCGCGGCUUCAAUGUCUUUCUCUUCUCGUGUUAAUGGCUAACCUGUAACAUUUGCUGGUUAGGGGUAGGGAGUUCUGUUUUUCUUGUGGGGUGGGGCUUUUGUUUGUUUUUAAAGAAAAAUGAUCAGAAUUAUAAUUACUGCUGGUGGC